AUGGUACUCACUCGUUCAAUGUCCACCACCAGCAACGCCCAAGGAGACGAACCGCCAAGAUCUACCGCACUGGAAAGGCAGGUCCAGACCCUCAUGACAGCGGUCGAACGACUCACAAAGCAGAAUCAUGAUCUGGAGGAACAGCUACGUCAAAGGGAUGCAGGACCUAACCCUCAGGAACGAAACCAGGAAGGUGACAGUGCCGAGAGAAAGGAGCGGGAGAAUCCAAAGGACAGCAACAUCCCAAGCCGACAGGAGCGGCAAAACGAGAGCCUUCCGUCUCUCAUGGAUCCUGCCCCCCCACCUAUCAUCGCGGAGAUGCAGGGGGUACCUGACGAGAUCAUGUGCAGGGCGUUCCCGACCACACUGAAGGGACCUGCGAGGGUUUGGUUUAGUAGACUGACACCGAACUCCAUCAAUACUUUCAAGGAGUUGAGCGCCCAGUUCACCUCCCACUUCAUUGGCGGACAUCGGUACAAGAGGUCCACCGCAUGCUUGAUGAGCAUCAAGCAGCGAGAAGACGAGACGUUGCGAGCCUACAUAACCCGUUUCAACAAAGAAGCCCUUUCGAUUGACGAAGCGGACGAUAAGAUACUUGUAGCCGCGUUUACAAGCGGGCUGCGGAAGGGGAAGUUCUUGUUUUCCUUGUACAAGAACGACCCGAAGACCAUGGCUGAUGUACUCUACAGGGCUACCAAGUAUAUGAAUGCAGAAGACGCACUGUUGGCCCGCGAAGAGAAACUUAAGAAGAGGGAGAGGCAGGAGGAUAUGCAACAAGAUAGGGGGCGAAAGGUCGCUAGAACCGGGGAUCAGCUUGAUGAAAGGCGCUUCAGACCCCCCACAAGAAGAUUAACCAAUUUCACCCCAUUAACCGCCCCAAUCGACCAAGUACUGAUGCAAAUCAAAGAUGAAGGAGCAUUGACAUUCCCAGGGAAGUUGAAAGGAGAUCCCAACAAAAGACCGAGGGACAAGUAUUGUCGCUUUCACCGGGACCACGGGCAUGACACUGCCAACUGCUAUGACCUGAAGCAGCAGAUUGAGGCACUGAUCAGACAGGAAAAGUUACAAAGGUUCGUCAGCAGGGAAAAGACCGACAAACCAGAAGAACAGACCCCACGACAGGAGAACGAGCGCCCCAGACCACCAAUAGGGGACAUUCGGAUGAUAAUAGGGGGCACAGCUGCAGCCGGGUCUUCCAAAAAAGCCCGCAAAACCUACCUUAGGACGGUCCAUAGCGUCCAACUCACAGGAUCCGUACCGAAGAUGCCGCAAAUAGGUAACCCCGUCAUACACUUUUCAGAGGAUGAUGCUCGGAGACUUCACCAUCCUCAUGACGAUGCGCUGGUGGUCAGCCUACAGAUUGAGGAUUAUAAUAUGCAUCGGGUACUCGUCGACAACGGCAGCUCAGCAGACAUCCUGUACUAUCCAAUAUUCCAGCAGAUGAGAAUUGACAGGGAACAAUUAUCCCCAACGAACACCCCACUCGUAGGAUUUGGGGGCGCAAAGAUAUUCCCUUUGGGCGUAAUAACUCUAACAGUGACAGCAGGUGACUAUCCUCAGCAAAUCACCAAGGAAGUAACAUUUCUCAUGGUCGACUGCUCAUCCACCUACAACGCCAUCCUCGGCCGACUAACUCUCAAUUCCUGGAAGGCGGUAACUUCAACGUACCACCUAAUGAUUAAAUUCCCGACGGAGUACAGGGUAGGAGAGCUGCGGGGAAAUCAAGUCGCUGCCCCGAGAAUGCUAUAUUGCCAUGAUAGAAAUGGAGGAUCAACAGCAGACGAUGUGUAUCGGGAAACAGAAAGUAACGGCAAAGUCAAUUGA